AUGCAGGCCAGAAUAGAAGCCAGUACCAGGACGGUGGAGGAGGAUGUUAUGUUGGAAGUCCCUAGGGAUUUUUGGCCUUUCUCAGAAGCCAUAGAGGCCGAGGCCAUCCCCAGGGAUCAUCGGAUACCCCAAGUCGAGCCCUUUGAUGGAACGCAGGACCCAACACUUGAUUGGUUUAGUGGUCUCCCUGACCGCUCAAUUACCGACUUCGACGUUUUCAGUAGGCUUUUCAUGGCGCAAUUCGCUGCCAACAAGAAGAAGCCACCGAUUACAUCGGACUUAUUCGAUCUCAAGCAGCAGCGGGAGGAGUCGCUGAAGGACUUUAUGCAAAGGUUCAAUGAGGUUGCUUUGAGGAUAGCAUCUUUGGAUGAGAGGAUGGCUGUCAUCGCAUUCCAGAAGGGCCUGAGGUCUGGAGCUUUCGUCAUCGCUCUGGAAAGAGCAAAUUGCCAGACGAUGUCGGAGGAGGGCAAUUACAGGCAGGCCGAUCACGGUGGUCGGGCAAGGGGAGAGUGGACACGCAACAUUGACGAAGAGAAGUUUACUCCACUCAAUGUUCCCAGGCGACAGAUACUUCACGAUUUUAACAGCGCAUCGUUGUUUGAAUUUCCAGCGGCAACGGAACGUCAAUUGGGACCCUUCAAAACUGAUUGGUGUGAGUUCCAUAGAGCUCAUGGACACUCCAUUGAAAAUUGCUUUGUCCUAGGAAGGCAGAUCGAGCGUUUGAUCAAGGAGGGGUGGCUGAAAGAGUUUGUGGCAAGAAAACAGGAAGGAGGCUCGUCGGAUAGGCGACACAGGCGCGCACAGGAUGACACCAGGAGGGAUAGGCGUAGAGAGAGAACUCCUCCCAGAGACACACCAAUAAAGGUGUCGGAAACCCACCAGCAACCCAUCCACGGGGACUUCAAUACCAUUGUAGGGGGCUUCGCAAGCGGAGGAGCUACCUCAGCAGCCCGAAAGAGGUACUCUCGGUCGGUGCUGACAGUAUCGGAAUUCAGGCGACCGUCUCAGCCUGAGAUUUCGUUCUCAGACUCAGAUUAUGAAGGAGUAGCCCCUCACGAGGACGACCUCGUCGUCAUAUCGGCGAUUGUUAUGGGGUACACUGUGAAGCGAGUGUUGAUUGAUCAGGGAAGUUCCGCGGACAUCUUAUUCUAG